AUGUCCACAAACCUGGAGAUGAGGGACACUCCGUCAGGGAGCAAGAAUAGGGUGGAAUCAAGAGGGACCAGAUUGUCUACAAAUUCAAACUUGUCAGCAGUAGCUAGCUCAACAUACAUUGAGCGUCCGAUAUCGGAACUAGAAUAUCCAGCUUCCAAUGUUCUAGAUGGAAUUUACGACAACGGCUGCAAACGCGUUAAAGUAUACAGUUCUGUCAAUGAAAAAAAUCCAUGGUUAGAAGUAGCAUGGUUAGAAACAAUAACAAUUUGGAGAAUAAUAAUCUACAAUCGUUAUGAAUGUUGUGGUUUUCGUUUGGUCAACUUAAAUGUCACAUACAAAAACAACAGGGCUACCGGCAUUUGUGGCUUUAAUCCGGGUUUCUUGUCACGUGACAGUGAUAGCCUUCUGUUUUACUGUCCACCAGAAGCUCAUGCUACUUCAGUAAAGCUCCAAAUCCAAUCUAAGCCAGGACAACUUAUGGAAAUGAAUUUGUGUGAAGUUGAAAUUUAG